AUGGGCAAGCGUGGGCUGCAAAUAGAAAUACCUAUGGCGGGGUACAAGGGAGACGAGAGAGAGAGAGAGAGCGGACGUGAAAGGGUGCUGCGUGGCGGUGAGGUGUCGGGAAAAGCGGGGAGACUCAGUAGCACAUGUGGAUCGUAA